AACACCACCUUUGUCAUCAUUUUUCUGCAGGUGCCAGCCUGUCAAAAUGCCAAUCCUCAAGAGCCUGGGGGUGGGAGACCCUAAGGUGCCGCGGGCAGGGACUCUGCCCCUGCGGUCCUCUCGCAACCCCUUUGAAGACUCUCCAGCUCUGGAAGAAGAGACAGGGCAGUCUGGGACACUGCCCAAUGGGACGUCGUGCGGCCGGCGGGCCACGCUGGAGAAGCUGGCGGGUCUGGCCCACUUCCGACUGGGCUGGACCUCGGGCCGGAGAGCAGGCAGCCCUGGGGACGGGCAAGGCCGCUCCUUUUUGGGCCGCGUGCUGGCACCGGGCAUACGAAGGAGCUCAGCCGAUUUUGGCCUCCUGACCCGGCUUCAAGGGUUCCGAACCCAUGGCGAUGAGGAGCCAGCUGGAGAGACUGCUCGAAGACUGGCCUUCCUGAGACUCGGGCGUGGACCCAAGCCCCGACGGGCAUCCUUGGCGGAGAGAGUGGUACCUGCAGGUGAGGCGGCCCCUGAGCCCCCACCCAAAGUCCAGGAGCCCCCAAAGAUGAAGGAACCACUGUCGGUGCUAGAGAUCCUGGGCCUGAUCCAGAAGCGCGAGCUGGCGCGGGCGGACGAGCACAUCCUGGAGCUGGAGGCGGAGGCGCCGGCGGAGGCCGAGGCUGGCGCGGGCCGGCGCGCGCGGGACGUGGCGCUGCUGUACGAGGCGCUGCAGCGCGAGCUCUGGGCGCUGGUGCGCGAGGCGCUGGCGGCCCCGGGCCCCGGCGCGGGCGCGGUGGCGCAGCUCGGCCGCGUGCUGCAGCAGGAGGAGGCGGCGGACGCGCGGCGCGGCCCCGGGGCGGCGCGCAAGCUGCGCGCGCGCUGGGCCGAGGCGGUGGCGCGCGCGGCGCGGGAGCGGCUGGAGGAGGCGGCGGCGCCGGGCGCGCGCGGGGCGCUGGCUGGGCAGCUGGAGGCACUGCGCGCUCGCCUGCUGGAGGACGUGGCCGCCGUGCGCGGUCGCCUGGCGCCCGCCUACCCCGCGGGGCUGCGCGCCGGCGCCGUCUACCUGCGCGGCUACCACGAGGCGCUGGCCGAGUGGCUCGGGGCGGCCGCGCGCCGCAGGCUCCCGCUGGCCGAUCGCUACGCCCUGCUGCAUUGGCACCAUCAGGUGUACCCCAGGGAGAUCCUGGGCCUGGUGGACGUGGUCGCCUUGGAGAACGGAGAGCUGGGGCCCCUUCUGUCUGCUGGCACCCUGCGUGGUUUGGAAGAUGAAUGUGUCACAGACGUGAAGGCUCAGACCCGAGCAGCCCUCCUUCGAGUACUGCAGGAAGAUGAGGAACACUGGGGAAGCAUGGACUACAGACCCAGCAACCUGGCCCAAGAUGUUUGUGAGCUGCUGGAAGAGCACACAGAGAGAGCACCCCACAUCAGUCAGGAGUUCGUGGAGAGAAUGGCACACUGCUGUCUGGGAGGGCUGGCGGAGUUCCUGCAGAGUUUCCAGCAGCGGGUGGAGCGAUUCCACGAGAGCCCAGGGAUCCGAGAACUGCCCUCUGAGACCUACAUCAGCAGGACCAUUUCGCUAGUCAACUGUGGACCCCCUCUGCGGUCUCUGGCUGAGCGACUGGCCAGGGUGGGGCCCCCCGAAAGUGAGCCGGCCCGGGAAGCGUCAGCCAUCGCUCUGGACCGCGUGACCCGGCUCUGCCAUCGUGUCCUCGCUGAAUUGUUAUUCCAGGAACUACAGCCGCACUUCAACAAGUUGAUGCGCAGGAAGUGGCUGAGCAGCUCUGAGGCUCUGGAUGGCAUCGUGGGCACACUCGGCGCCCAGGCCCUGGCCCUGCGCAGAAUGCAGGAUGAGCCUUACCAGGUGCUGGUGGCCGAACUGCACCGCCGGGCGCUGGUGGAGUACGUGCGGCCACUGCUGCGCGGACGCCUGCGCUGUCGCUCUGCGAGGACCCGCGGCCGGGUGGCCGGGAGGCUCCGCGAGGAUGCAGCGCAAUUGCAGCGCCUGUUUCGGCGGCUGGAGUCCCAGGCUUCCUGGCUCGACCAGGUGGUGCCUCAUUUGGCCGAGAUCCUGCAGUUGGAGGACACUCCGAGCAUCCAGGUGGAGGUCGGGGUGCUGGUGCGCGACUACCCAGACAUCAGGCGGAAGCAUGUGGCAGCCCUCCUGGACAUCAGAGGACUUCGAAACACAGCUGCCCGCCAGGAGAUUCUGGCGGUGGCCCGGGACCUGGAACUAUCUGAAGGUGGUACCCUGCCGCCCCCUCGGGACCGCACCUUCUUUGCUGACAUCCCCGUGCCCCGCUCAUCCUUCUGCCUCGGCCUCCCUCACUUCUUGGGGCGCCUCCCUGUCUCCCGGCUGGCCAGGCCCAGUUUUGCUUGUCUGCCCCUGCGGCCUCGUCCUCCAUCGUCACUUAGAGCCCGAGCCCAACGCUGAGGCUCCUGGUGCCUGUGUUGCUGCUGAGACGCCCUCCUCCCUUCCAUGUGACUC